GCCGCCGCCGCCGCCGUCGCCACUACCACCGGGGCCCGGGCGCGCCGCGUUCCCGCUCCCGGCCCCGCGCGUCUCCGCGCUCCCCGGGGCGCGCCCGGGCACCGGCAGCUGCCGCCGCCGCCGCUCCUGCCGCCGCCGCCGCUCCUGCCGCCGCUGCCGCCGCCGCCGCUCGGGGAUGGCCGCGCCGCGCCGGGGCUACACGGGCUGCUGACGGAGCGCAGGGCAAAUGCCAUAGGAUGACCGCUGCUGGUCCCCUCUUACUGGCUGUGAUAUCUUCUGUCCUGUGGCUCACGCGGGGCUUCGACCCAGCUCCCAGCGCCUGCUCCGCUCUGGCCUCCGGCGUCCUCUACGGCUCCUUCUCCCUCAAGGACCUCUUCCCCACCAUCUCCUCCGGCUGCUCCUGGACCCUGGAGAACCCCGACCCCACCAAGUACUCUCUCUACCUCCGCUUCAACCGGGAGGAGCAGGUCUGCACCCACUUCUCGCCCAUGGUGCUGCCGCUCGACCACUACCUGGCCAACUACACCUGCGACCCCCGCGGCGAGGCUGCCAGCCCCUCCCCUGCCCGCCAGCGACCGGAGGAGGAGGAGGAGGAGGAGGAAGCCGAGCUGGAGCUGUGUGAAGGUGCCGGACCCUUCACCUUCCUCCACUUCGACAAGAACUUCGUGCAGCUUUGCUUGGCGGCCGAGCCCGAGGCCGCCCCCCGCCUGCUGGCCCCCCAGGCCCUGGAAUUCCGUUUCGUGGAGGUGCUGCUGAUCAACAACAACAACUCCAGCCAGUUCACCUGCAGCGUGCUGUGCCGCUGGCUGGAGGAGUGCCUGCAGGCUCCCGGGGCCCGGCGCUGUGGUUUCACCCACGCUGGCUGCAGCUGCCAGGCGGAGAGCCCCCCGGCACCCCGCCGCAACGCCACCCGGCACGGUGCCCGCACGCCAGCCCCGCCGCCCGCCGACUGCUGCCCGCCCGACCUGCAUUCCGCGAAUGCCAACGACUUGGACCUGCCCGAGGUCCCAUACGGCAAUGGGGUGGAGGAGAACCAGAAGGUGAAAACGCAGUGGCCGCGCUCUGCAGAUGAGCCAGGGGUCUACAUGGCUCAGACAGGGUCUCCCCUCUUGGAACCUUCCUCUUUCCUCCCAGGGUUGGAUGCCAGCCCUGUGCCAGGGGACCCGGCAGCGGAGGAGUGGUCGCAGUGGAGCGUCUGCUCCCUGACGUGCGGUCAGGGCUCGCAGGUGCGGACUCGCUCCUGCGUCUCCUCGCCCUACGGGACGCUGUGCAGCGGACUGCUCCGGGAGACACGCACCUGCAACAACACCGCCACCUGCCCAGCUCACGGCGCGUGGGAGGAGUGGUCCCCGUGGAGCCUGUGCUCGGUGACCUGCGGGCGAGGGGCCAGGACCAGGACGCGGCGGUGCGUGGCCCCGCGGCGCGGAGGGAAAGCCUGCGAGGGCCCCGAGCUGCAGGUCAAGCCCUGCAAUAUCGCGAGCUGCCCGGUGGAAGGGCAGUGGCUGGAGUGGGGCCCCUGGAGCCGCUGCUCCGUCACCUGCGCCAACGGCACCCAGCAGCGGACGCGCAAGUGCAGCGUCUCAGCCCAGGGCUGGGCCGAGUGCCGCGGGGCCCACGCCGACGCCCGGGACUGCUCCAACCCCUCCUGUCCCACCGACAGCAAGUGGGGUCCCUGGAACCACUGGAGCCUCUGCUCCAAGACCUGCGACACCGGCUGGCAGCGGCGCUUCCGCAUGUGCGAGGGCACCGGCAUGCAGGGCUACCCCUGCGAGGGCACGGGCGAGGAGGUGAAGACCUGCAACGAGAAGAAGUGCCCAGCCUACCACGAGAUGUGCAAGGAUGAGUACGUCAUGCUGAUGACCUGGAAGAAGACAGCUGCUGGGGAGAUCAUCUACAACAAAUGCCCCCCCAAUGCCACGGGGUCUGCCAGCCGCCGGUGCCUGCUGAGCCCCCACGGAGUUGCCUACUGGGGUGUGCCCAGCUUCGCCCGCUGCAUCUCCCACGAGUACCGAUACUUGCAUCUCUCACUGCGGGAGCACCUGGCCAAGGGGCAGCGGCUGCUGGCAGGAGAGGGCAUGUCACAGGUGGUGAGGAGCCUCCUGGAGCUCAUGGCCCGCAAGACCUACUACAGCGGGGACCUGCUCUUCUCGGUGGAGAUCCUGCGCAACGUCACCGACACCUUCAAGAGGGCCACCUACACCCCGUCCUCCGAGGACGUGCAGCGCUUCUUCCAGGUGGUGAGCUACAUGGUGGACGCGGAGAACCGGGACAAGUGGGAGGAUGCCCAACAGGUCUCGCCGGGCUCCGUGCACCUGAUGAAGGUGGUGGAGGACUUCAUCCAUCUGGUGGGGAACGCGCUGAAGGCCUUCCAGAGCUCCCUCAUCGUCACCGACAACCUGGUGAUCAGCAUCCAGAGGGAGCCUGUCUCCGCCGUCUCCAGCGACAUCAACUUCCCCAUGAAGGGGCGGCGGGGCAUGAAGGACUGGGCCAGGAGCUCCGAGGACAAACUCUUCAUCCCCAGGGAGGUGCUGAGCCUCGCCUCGGCUGAGGCAGAGGACUCCUCCCACUUCGUCAUCGGGGCCGUGCUGUACCGCACGCUGGGGCUGAUCCUGCCCCCACCCAGGACUCCCCUGGCUGUCACCUCCAAGGUGCUGAUGGUGACGGUGCGGCCCCCGACCAAGCCUGCCGAGCCCCUGGUCCUGGUGGAGCUCUCCCACAUCAUCAACGGCACCUCCCACCCUCAGUGUGUCACCUGGGACUACUCGAGGACGGAUGCUGGCUUGGGAAACUGGGACACGGAGAGCUGCCAAACCCUGGAGACCCUCCCAGCGCACACCAAAUGCCAGUGCCGCCAGCUCGCCACCUUCGCCGUCCUCGCCCAGCUGCCCAGAGACCUGGCCAUGGACCCCUCGGGCACCCCCUCGGUGCCGCUGAUGAUCGGCUGUGCCGUCUCCUGCAUGGCUCUGCUGACCCUCCUGGUGAUCUACGCUGCCUUCUGGAGGUUCAUCAAGUCAGAGCGCUCCAUCAUCCUGCUCAACUUCUGCUUCUCCAUCCUGGCCUCCAACAUCCUCAUCCUGGUGGGUCAGUCCCAGAUGCUCAGCAAGGGUGUGUGCACCAUGACAGCUGCCUUCCUCCACUUCUUCUUCCUCUCAUCCUUCUGCUGGGUGCUGACGGAGGCCUGGCAGUCCUACCUGGCGGUGAUCGGCCGGAUCCGGACACGCCUGGUCAGGAAGAGAUUCCUGUGCUUGGGAUGGGGCUUGCCAGCCCUCGUGGUCGCAGUCUCCGUCGGCUUCACACGGACCAAAGGCUACGGGACGGCCAGCUACUGCUGGCUCUCACUGGAGGGCGGUUUGCUCUACGCCUUCGUGGGACCUGCUGCAGUCAUCGUGCUGGUGAACAUGCUGGUUGGCAUCAUCGUGUUCAACAAGCUCAUGUCCCGCGAUGGCAUUUCAGAUAAGUCCAAAAAGCAGCGAGCUGGCUCCAAGCCCCCUCCCUGUGGCAACCUGCUGCUGAAAUGCACCAAGUGCGGCGUGGUGUCCAGCGCGGCCAUGACCUCCGCCACCGCCAGCAGUGCCAUGGCAUCGCUGUGGAGCUCCUGCGUGGUCCUGCCCCUGCUGGCGCUGACCUGGAUGUCGGCCGUGCUCGCCAUGACCGACCGGCGCUCCAUCCUCUUCCAGGUCCUCUUCGCCGUCUUCAACUCCGUCCAGGGCUUCGUCAUCAUCACCGUCCACGGCUUCCUGCGCCGAGAGGUCCAGGACGUGGUGAAGUGUCAGAUGGGGGGGUGCAGGAGCGAGGAGAAUGAGAACUCGCCCGACUCCUGCAAGAACGGCCAGGUGCAGAUCCUGACAGAUUUUGAAAAGGACGUUGACCUGGCGUGCCAGACAGUGCUGUUCAAGGAGGUGAACACCUGCAACCCUGCCACCAUCACGGGCACCUUGUCCCGCAUCUCCCUGGAUGGGGACGAAGACCCCAAGCUCAACACCACCUCAGAAGGCGGCCUGGGUUUCUCCAGCCUGCCAGGGAACAUCCCUCCCUCCAGCAUCCUGGUGCAGGUGCCCAAGAUGACCCCCAACGUGGUGGCAGGUUUGGGCGAGCCGCCGGCGCAGCCGCUGGGCAUGGAGGCUCCGGGUCCUGUCUACCUGUGCACGGAGAGCAGCCUGAGGCCCCUGGAGUACGGCUGGGUCCGGGCCCCCGAGCCCCCCCGGGAGAGCGACUACAUGAUGCUGCCUCGCCGCACCAGCAGCCUCAAGCCCUUCCCCAGGGAAGAAGCCACCCUGGCUCCCGGCGCCGAGGAGGGGAUGCCCGGCGGGACGGGGCGCCCGGCUGCCGAGGGCGAUGCCUACCCUGGCUUCGUGGCCAUGGAUCACGUCAACGUCAGCCUGAGCCAGCCCUAUGCCACCAUGAAGGCUCCCUACGGCCUGCAGUUCAAGCAGCACCCCACGGUGAGGCAGAUCCUGGCCUCGGAGCUGUCGGAGCGCAGCCGCACCAUGCCCCGCACGGUGCCCGGCUCUGCCAUGAAAGUGGGGUCCCUGGAGAGGAAGAGGUUGCGAUACUCUGACCUGGACUUUGAGAAGGUGAUGCACACACGGAAGCGUCACUCCGAGCUCUACCACGAGCUCAACCAGAAGUUCCACACGCUGGACCGGUACCGGGCCCCGGCUGCCGGCUCCUCCAAGCGAGAAAAGCGGUGGAGCGUCUCGUCGGGCGGUGGGGAGAAGAGCACGGCCAGUGACAUGGCCAACCCUGAGGAGCAGCAGCAGCAGCAGCAGGCUCCGGCCGCACCACCAAAGCCGUGGAGCACGUUCAAGGCUAUGACGCUGGGCGCCCUCCCCAGUGCCCACCGGGACCGGCUGGAGCUGCGCUGUGCAGACUGGGAGAGCCCCUGCACCGCCCUGGAUGCGGCCGACGGCGACUUCCAGACGGAGGUGUGAGCCCCGCGCCCGCCGCCCUCGCCCCGCCGCAGGGCGAAGCCUCCGCGCUGGGUCUGCUCCGCCCUCAUCCUCUCGGUGGCCGGGCUGGGGGCAGCGUGGGGAGGGGUCCCUACCUGGCCAGACAGAGCCAUCCCCACGGGAUGGUCCAUGCUCCCCACCCCGCGCGGUUUCUCCUCCCUGGCACCCUCCGGAUGCGGGUGUGGAGGGGACACGUGCACCCCACCACCACCACCCUCCUCAUCCUCACCCCCACCUCCUCGCCCACCCACCGACCACGCCUGCACCCUCCCCCGGGGCAGGACCGGCCAUGGAGGCCACCAGAUUUUCUUUCUUUUCUACCGGGAUGUUUCUUCACGCCGUGCACCGUGUGCACGCGAGCGGCUGCCCCCCGGGGCUGGGCUGCCCUCGCCCCCCUGCUCUCUCUCCCCUCCCACCCCCACCCCCCCAAAAAAACAACAACCAAACGACCCAACCGACCCCAACCCCAGGGGCCUCUCGGCCAACCCCUCCCCAGCCCUCCCCACCGUCCCCACCCCACGGGGCAGGUGCUGUCGUUGUUGGAAAUAAAAGU